CACAAUAAGGCAAUAAUGCUCAUAAAGUUCCAUUUUCAUGGAAAACAAUUUCCAUGGAAACAUUUUCUUUCGUAUCAAACACAACCUAAAACAAUAAAUAGAUGUAUAUAUUGAUACAUAUUUUUCUUCUUCAUUGCUAUUAGGGAAACAAUGUCUUCUACAAGACUGCACUUAAAUUCUCAAAAUGACUAUGUGGUGAUAAACAAUGGUGUUGUGGAAAUAACUUGGACAAAUCCAGGAGGGAUUAUCAAAGGGAUAAAGUACGAGGGAAUUGAAAACUUGCUGGAACUAAACAAUAAAGAUUUGAAUGGAGGGUUCUGGGACCUUAAUUGGAGCGAAGCGAGUAGUACAAAAACAAGGGGAAAGUUUGACACGAUACAAGGGACAGAUUUGCAAGUUAUAGUGGAAAAUGAGGAGCAGAUUGAGCUUUCAUUCACAAGAAUGUGGAGUCCAAAAGUCCAGGGUCAACAAGCUCCUUUGUAUAUUGAUAGGAGGUUUGUAGUAUUUCGUGAUGUCCCAGGAUUCUACUCGUAUGCUAUCUUUGAGCACACGAAAGACAUGCCUGCUUUCCACCUUAACACGACCAGAAUUGCUUUCAUGCUCAAUAAAGAAAAGUUUCACUACAUGGUCAUAACAGAUAAUAGACAAAGACUUAUGCCUAGUGCAGAAGACCGGCUUCCAGGGAGAGGCGAACCGCUAGCCUAUCCUGAAGCAGUUCUCCUCAUCGAUCCUAUAGAGCCAGAGUUCAAAGGAGAGGUGGAUGACAAAUAUCAGUAUUCUCUUGAAAACAAAGAUAAUCAAGUGCAUGGAUGGAUAUGUUUUGACCCUCCUGUGGGGUUUUGGCAAAUCACUCCGAGCAAUGAAUUUCGAACAGGAGGGCCAUUCAAACAAGAUUUAACCUCCCACGUGAAUCCGACCACCCUUGCUAUAUUUCUAACUUCCCACUAUGCUGGCACAGAACUUCUGGUAAAAUUUGAAACUGGAGAGGAAUGGAAGAAAGUCCUUGGCCCCGUGUUCACAUAUUUUAAUUCUGUAUCAGACAAAGAAAUGGCUCUAUCGCUUUGGGAUGACGCAAAAAGACAGAUGAACGAAGAAGUCCAAUCCUGGCCUUACAGUUUCCCAACUUCUGAAGAAUUUCCUAAAUGUGGUCAAAGGGGCGUAGUUAGAGGUUGGUUGCUAGUGCAAGACAGAUGCUUAAGCAAGGAAACUUUACCUGGAAAAGCUGCAUCUGUAGGACUAGCAGCACCAGGAGACGCUGGAUCAUGGCAAAGAGAGAAUAAGGGUUACCAAUUUUGGACCACAACGGAUGAGGACGGCUACUUUGUCAUUAAGAACAUACGUGCAGGAUCAUAUAAUCUUUAUGGAUUGGUGCCUGGAUUUAUCGGAGAUUACAAGUAUGAAGUUCUAAUAACUAUAACAGAAGGUUGUGAUAUUGAGCUGGGUGAGAUUGUUUAUGAGCCUCCAAGAGAUGGUCCUACCUUGUGGGAGAUCGGUAUCCCUGACCGCUCUGCUGCAGAGUUUUAUAUUCCUGAUCCAAACCCGAAAUACGUUAACAAACUUUACAUAAAUCAAGACAAAUUUAGGCAGUAUGGUUUGUGGGAGAGAUAUGCAGAGUUAUAUCCUGAUAAUGAUUUGGUCUACACAGUUGGAGUUAGUGACUAUCAGAAAGACUGGUUCUUUGCUCAGGUUAACAGGGAGAUAGGUGACAAUGCAUAUCAAAGUACUACAUGGCAAAUCAAGUUCAAGAUUGAUAAUGUAGAUCAAGGUGGAACAUACACAUUGCGAGUAGCACUUGCAGCUGCAAAUCAUGCUGAAUUGCAGGUCCGGAUCAACGAUCCAACAGCAGAUCCUCCCCUACUUUCAACUGGGGAAAUUGGAGGAGACAAUGCAAUUGCAAGACAUGCUAUUCAUGGGAUCUAUUGGUUUUUCACUAUAACAAUACCUAGUUCACUACUUUUGGGAGGAGAAAACACCAUAUUUUUGACACAAGCAAAGACAGCCAACACUUUCCAAGGGAUUAUGUAUGAUUAUAUCCGCUUGGAAGGUCCCUCAUGCCAGAGCGAAAACCUUUGAUUAAUUUUUCCACACUGAAAUUCCGAGUAGAACUAGUCAUGAUUUGUUGCUCUUUCAUAAUAAUGCAAAUUAAAAAAAAAUCACAUUUCUAUAGCAUUUUUGCAUUUGUAAGCCUAGAGCUUGAUUAAUUUGAUAGAUACGUCUUCGUAUUGGAUGGCCUUAGAUGGAUUUUACUUACAAAUAUUUGGCCACUCGAUUGGGAGGCGAGUUUUUAUGCAUCAAAUAAUAAAAUUCUCUUGUUUUCUCUA